UAAAAGCAGGCUGUAAUGGAGCUGUGAACACUAACAUUUCACCUCUUAUUCUCCUUUUCCCUCUCUUCUUACUUCUGGCAGCAACGCCACCAUUACCGGUCGUCGCCAAAUCUCUCUAACCAUCUUGUUUCUCGCCAUAGACCAGCAACCAUGAGCUCCAUCACUCAAAGCUUCCAAAAGAACACUUCACUGCCAGUCUCGCAAACCGAAUCCAAAGACCACCUCCCAGCAGCCUCCGGCGCAGGGCGGCUACGAAGGCGGCUCUCCGCUCUGUCCCUCAAAUUACAUCCCACCUCUUCACCGGAGAAAUCCUGUACAUUCCCCAGGUCGAAAUCUUUGUCUUCCAUGGGAGAAUACGCCGGUAGCUCGAUUAAAAAAUGGUGGGACUGGGGCUGGUCUUGGGUCCUUCCCAAAAAACCUAUGUUUGCUAAAGACAUCGAGAUGAACGAAGAAGAAACCAGGAUCCUUGGGUUCCACAACAAAGGCAGCUGGAGGCAUAUCUUUUACAAAGUCAGAUCUGAGAUGAGAAAACUCGUGGGAUCUGAUCAUAGAGAUAGCCUCCCGCAAACUUGCAGGUACAAUCUCUAGAUUACUCCAAGAAUUUCGAUGAUGGAAAGAGUUAUACCUGUGGUUGAAUCUUGGGGAAUUUGAAUUCCACCACCUUCAAUAAAGCUUCAUUGCUUCUUUGAUUUAAGCUUUCAUUAAUUUGUUUACAAUAUAUAAUGCAAAUGUUCUGUUAUAUAAAGUGAUAUUGCUUGGCCAUGGAUGCCAAUGAAUCCACUGUAUUGGGAACAUAUAUUAGCUACGAUAAAAGGUUUCAAUUGUAAAA